GACAUCUCUCUUUGGUGGCCGCGUGUGACGAAGCCACCACGUUCCUCCAGGAGCUGCAGAGCAGGGUUGGGGACAUCAAGGUCACCCUGGAGGGGACAAAUGAAGAGUCCCCCGAUGUCCCUGAGGAUUUGGAGGCCAAGGUGGCUGUGGCCGAGCGGCUGUGGGAGGCCAAUGCCUGCCUGGCCAAGGAUCACCUGCUGGGGACACUUCAAAACAUCAUCGACUUCUUGUUCAACGGUGGUAGCACCAGCCCCUGCGAGGUGGCCGAGCGGUGCCAAAGAGCCAUCGAGGACAUCCCAAGGCUCCUUCGACCCCCAGACCGUCCCCAAGGUGUCCCCAAGGUGUCCCCAGUGAGCAUGGAGCUCCAAGAGAUGUCCCCAGCCUUGCUGCAGCCACAGGCCACCAUGGUGGCCACCCUGGGCAAGCUGGUGGCCAUCACGGCCAGGAAGGAUGGGGAUGUGCUGCUGCCCAUGUGCCAGCCAUCCCUGCGCGAGGCCCUGAAGAAGUUCACCGAUAACCUCAGUGUCACCGUGCACGACACUGGUAACGUCUUCUGGCACCGCGAUGUCACCUCUGGGUGCGAUAGCGCUGUCCCCUCCCUGAGCCAGGCCCUGGCAGCCUACGCGAGCACCUCAUGGACCACCUGGGAGCACGUGCGAAGCGUGGCCAGCACGUGGCAGGAGUCAGCGGCCACGCUGGACGACAGCUGGGCCCAGCUGACCAGGGAGGUCACCAAGCUCCGGGACGCCUGCAGGCACGUGGCCCUCAGCAGCUGCAGUGUUGUGGCCAUGGAAGAAGUCUUGAAAAAGGCCAUAAAAGAGGCCAUGGUGGGGGCCAUAAGAGAGGCCUUGGGAGGUGUCAUAGACUAUGAGGUAGGAGAGGGUGUGGGAGGAACCGUGGUGGCCGAACACCCGGUGAGGGUGGUCACCACGGUGAGGCAGCAGGCGAAGGUGGCCCUGGGGCUGCUGGGGCGCCUGGUGACCGCGUGCAGGAAAAUCACCGCGUUCUACCGGGAGCUGCGGCGCAGGGUUGGGGAGAUCGUAGGCACCAUGAAGGGGGCAGAGGAGCCAUCCCAUGAUUUCCACGCUGCCUUGGCAGCCAAGGUGGCUGUGGCCGAGCUGCUGUGGGUGGCCAGCAGCCAAGUGGCCAGGGAUUACCUGGUGGGGGCACUUGAGAACAUCUGCACCAUCUUCAGGUGUGGUGAUCCCAAUGGCUCCACUGCCUGAGUGGUGGCCAAGUGAUGCCAAAGAGCCACCAAGGACAUCCCAAGUCUGCUGCAGGGAUGGCGAUGUCACCAAUGUGAUGUCAUCAGGGCAGUGACAUCAUCGGGGACAUGGCUGGCGUCACUUGUCCUUUCCCCCCUCCCCUUGUGGGAUUUGAGACAAAUCUGGGGAAUUUUCUGGGAAUUUUCAUUGAAAUUGAACCAAAUCCUGAUGGGAAUUUUUUGGGGUGAUGUCACUGGGGACACUCAGGGACAGACAGGGACACUCCGGGGACACUCAGGGGACAGGGCUGAAUGAGUCCCCUCAAGAGCUUCCAGCUUUCCACUGUGUCUGCAGCAGAGAUGGGUUAUAAAUGACAAGUUAAUAACUGGCUUUUGCACUUUUGUAUUGCCUUUUGCACUUUGUUACUAAUCACCAGCAAUCUGAUACGGUAUUUGGUACUGAUAUUGAUUAUUGAUGAUUCCUUGUAGCUGCUCGUUGGUGCAAUAUAAUCUAUCAAUUUAUGUGUGCACCGUACAGCCAAUAAGUAAAUAAAUAA